AUGGCUGUCAUCGAUCUGGUUCACAUGGUUGUGAUCGAUCUGGUGACAUCGUGCAUGGUACACAUCGCCUGGAUCUCAGCUGUCGUCAACUCGUGUGUCAUGCUGUUUAAUAAGCACACGUUUCUUCCCUUUGGCUUCCACUUUAUGCCCGCCACUAUCUUUUGCCAGCUGAUAGUGACCUGCAUGGGCCUGCUUGCCGCCCGCGCCGCAGGUCUUGUCUCCUUCCCGCCCCCAAACCGUUCGGUCAUCUCUGUCUACACACCGAUCGCCAUCUCGUACGCUUUCUCCUCACUUCUAUCCCUCAUUGCGCUGCAUAGCCUCCCGCUGCUGGUAUUCGCGGUCCUGAAGCGUUGCAACGUUGUUGGCGUACUCGUUGCUCAGCGCGUAGUCUUUGGCACCGCCAUUCCACCCGCUCGCGCCACCUUUGCGCUGAUCAUCGCCUUUGGUGCCGGCCUUGCCGUCGGCGGCGCAGAGUCCGGCGUUAAUGCUCUCGGCCUGGUUGCUGCCGUUGGCGCUAUUGCAUCGCGCGCCGUGCAUCUGCUGCUGGUCUCGGCCCGUGCCCGUGCCCGCUCGCCUGUGCCUGAGAGCGCAGACCGAUCGCUAAGCAAGGAUGACGACUCGAUCGUCACGCUCAUCUUUUACUCGUGCGCACUCUCGCUCCCGCUAAUGGCGCUCAUUGCAGCGGCGUCAACAGACUGGACAGCGCUACGUGCUUACCAGUUCUGGGGCGAACCGGCAUUCAUUGUCGCCCUCGCCAUCUUUCUCGUCGAGGGCAUCGUGCUUCAGACAACGCUUCUGGUCUGCACCAUGCGGACUUCUGCGCUCACCACCGCCGUCGUUUCCAAUCUCAAGCUGCCGAUCGUCACCUUGUUGUCGCUUGCUUUUGUCGGCAGCCUCGACUUUGUGGCCCAGCCUCGCAUUGCUCGCUUCAUCGCAGGCAUGGCCGUCUGUACACUUGGCGGCCUUGGAUACACAUGGGCAGCUCUCAGCGCCAAGGCGUAGCGGCCUCACGGCGCAGGCGCCAUUGCGACCACCAGGUCG